AUGGUCCACGGUCACGUUCUUCCCGAGGUUCUGCCGCCCCCUUUCCGACCGUUGGUCCUCGGGUCCGGUGCCCGCAAUGCGGUGUCAGGCGCCGAGGAAAAGCUGGACCGCUACAGGAUCGAGCACCUCCGCCAGUGCAGCGGCUACCACGGCUGCGACCAAACGUUCGCCGACUCGGCGGAACUGGGCAAGCACAUGCUCACCCACACCACGCGCCGUGGGCCGCCCUUCGCGUGCACCUACGGCGGCUCCGACCGCAGCUACAGCCGCGAGGAUACCCUGUCGGACCACAUGCGGCAGCACUUGCUCCCUUAG